AGACUUUGUUGAUGCACUCACCAUUUUGCCGGUUCUACUGUUCAUACGCCAAACUUCAGAGUAAAUAACAACACUUUAUCAAGAAUCAUGAAGAGUGUCUUCAUUGGAGCUUUUCUUCUCGCAUGCCUCUCAUUUGGAAUAGGCCAGGGUCUCGAGUGUUCGGCAUGUGCAUCCAUGACAACAACAUCCGGUGCCUCUUCGCUUGGAGAGUGUGAUGAAGGGAGCUUACCGAAGAUAACGUGUUACGAGAACCAGACUUCCUGUGCACGUGCUACGAUCGAUGGGUACGGCCCGUUCAGUCAAGGCCAGAAUGAACAUCCUGUGUAUGGACCCUUCAAUGGCACUGUAUGGGGCUGCGUUGGAACACCCAUUGACAACACGUGCAUAUGGGAUAACGCCGCUCGAUCUGAAUUGCUAAGGGGUAUUUCUAAUCGUCCUGGUGACUACGGAAACUCUUUGCCGCUCUUCGGUAACUUCUUAGCCCUACUGCAGUCAAACAAGACAGCGCUGUAUGGAAAUAAGGUUUGCCCCUGCAAGGGUAGCAUCUGCGGUGGGAGUGGUGGUUCUUCUGAAUAUGGAGGAAACGCUGGUUCGCUGAGAACAGACGUGAUGAUUGUCCUGGGAUUCUUUCUCGUAGCUGUUUUUACUAAACAGUCUUAAACAUGAUGGCAACGACUUUAAUUUCAAGAAAUCAACCUUUGGCUAAGUCAAUAAAACUGCCCAUUACCUCUUGAAAUGUACGAACAUUACAAAAGUAUGUUAUUCGACGCGUAUUACUACUUCGAAUGCAUCUAAUACAAUUAGUGAUAACAAAUGAUAAUGAUAAAUACAAUAGUUACAUGAAGGAUAAUAAUACGA